UAUGUAAUUUGAGGCGAAAAAGAAGGGGACAAACAUUUUUACAGUAAACCCUAAUCAGAAAAAUCUUGAAAUUGCAGCGGCAAUGUCAACAAUUGGAUGGUUUAGACCCACAAUCGGAACAACACCACUUCCAAAUCGUUCAAUGAACUCCCAAUCCUUAAAGCUGCGUGCUUGUUUCGUCGAGUACCCACUAGCUAGCAAAAUUAUCGUCAGAAAUUUAUCAUACACAACCAGUGAAAGCUUUUUAAAGGAAGAGUUUUCAAAUUUUGGCCAGAUAGCUGAAGUUAAGCUUGUUAAAGACCAGAGAUCAAAUAAAUCAAAAGGGUAUGCAUUCGUUCAAUACACGAAUCAAGAUGAUGCCAUGAGCGCUCUAGAAGCAAUGGACGAGAAGUAUGUAGAUGGUAGAGUUGUGUUUGUAGAACUUGCAAAACCGAUAGACAAAAGGACUGCAUACCCGAAAACCUCUGGACCGCCUCAGGAAUCAUCUUAUUCGGGUCAAAAGCAAGCAGAAGAUUAACGGUCAACAUGAUGAUAACGAUGUUACAUGGUUUAAAGUUACAUGUAAUUUUGCCGGCCCGUUUCUUAAUUAUUCAAUAUUUAUGUAUAAAUACAUCUAUAGAUAUGACCAUCAAAACUUCCAUGCUACAAA